CUGCGAAGCAGCCCCCCAUCGGGUCCGGCGGCGUUCACGUGGCUCCCCGCCAGCGAGCGGCCGUGCAACUUGUGCUCCCCCCUUCUCUUGUGUGUGCGCAUGGACUGCGCCCCGGCCGAGCGCCACUCCGUGCGAGACCAUGCGGCCGGCGCUUCUGCUUCCCCUACUGCUGGCAACCACACCUGCACUCGUCGCCGGAUUUUCCAAUCCGAAUCUAAGAGGACACUCCCACUCCUGUGCGCUGAUCCUCGCUUCGUGGCUCUCCCUCACGGUUUCCACACUCUUGAAGCCAGGAGAUUCGAUCAAGUGUUUCAACGAGGGCAAAAUCACGCACGUCCCUGGCAUCUCGACAAAGUGUAUCACCUGUAAGUGCCAGAAUAGCGUGGUGCAGUGCGGGCGCGAGACGUGCCCUCUGCCAAGAGGCUGCUACUUCCUGCAGGAAUCCAAGGGAAACAAGUGCUGCGACGUCUGCAAAGGCUGCGUCUACAAAGGCCGCCUCUACGCCAGCUCGGAGGAAUGGACUGAUCCCCAGGAUCCGUGUCGCCGAUUCUUCUGCCAGUCCGGUGUCAUAACUGAGUCAAGAAUCUACUGCCAUGUGAAUUGCAAGAAUCCUCGGAAUCCACCGGAAGGACAAUGUUGCCCCUACUGCGAAGGUUGCAUGGUAGACGGCAGGCAGUACGCCGAAGGAGACACCGUGCCGUCGGACGAACGGGACCCCUGUGUUGUCUGCCUCUGCAAGGGUGGACGUGUGACAUGCACCAAGAAGUCGUGCCCAGUACUGCCAUGCCCACCAAGCCGUAUCGCCCAGACACCAGGCACUUGCUGUCCCGAGUGCCGCAGUGGCAUGAGGCUUGCCGACUCGCACGGACAGUGCAGAAUGAGAGAUGACGUGUACGACAACGAGGCGACGUGGCCGUACGACCAGUGCACCAACUGUGAAUGUCAGAAUGGGACAAUCAUCUGCCAGCGGACGGUGUGCCCUCCGCUGCAGUGUCCUCCGGAACAUCAGGAGGCCAGCCCUGACAGCUGCUGUUCGCAGUGCCGAAGGCCUCAGGAGAAGAAAGCCAUGUGCAUACACAACGGCCAGAACCGAUUCAACGGUGAAACGUGGAAGCUGAAAAAGUGCACCACCUGUUCCUGUCAUCAUGGGCUGGUGCGCUGCGGCGUGGAGGAAUGCAUCUCCGCACCGGUCUGCCCCCCGAAGAAGAAGCUGGUCACGCCUCCCGGCAAGUGCUGUCCCACGUGCGUCGAAGAGGACGGUAUCUGCACGGUGUACGGGGACCCACAUUACAGGACGUUCGAUGGACGGAUGUUCAACUACCAGGGCCCGUGUCGAUAUGUGCUCGCGUCAGACUGCGUUGGCGGCACAUUUUCCAUCGAAGUGUGGAACGACGUCCGUUACUCCAAGUCGUUCUCCUGGACCAAAUCUGUCGUCAUCAAGAUCAAAGACGUUAGAGUAAAGCUGGGACAGUUUCUGCGAGUGCGGAUACAGAAGAAACGUGUCAAGCUUCCGUACGUGAUGCUACAGGUCCUGAACAUCAAUCAGGAAGAUCACAACAUUGUCGUCAGAAUUAACAAAGGCGUCAAGGUGGUCUGGGAUGGCGACAACUACGUGGAAGUGUCCGUGUCGCCGACCUACAAGAACAAGCUGUGCGGUUUGUGCGGCAACUAUAACGACAAGCAGGAGGACGACUUCAUGUCCAGAAACGGCACGCGCCUCUCGGACCCCAACGCUUUCGGCAACUCCUGGCUGGUUGGCCGCCGGAAAAAGUGCUUCCGACCAGCGAAGCGAGCCAGUCAUCCCUUGGACUGCAGGCUCAAGGACUGGAACUUACGCCAGCAAAACCUCAAGCUCUGCAACCACAUCAAGCAGGAGCCAUUCAAGGCGUGUCACAAGGUCGUCGAGGCAACACCGUACUUCAGAUCGUGCAUGCUGGACAUGUGCGAGUGCCUUCCAUCAGACAAGUGUUACUGUGACUCACUCAAUGCCUAUGCACGGGAAUGCAGCAGGGCUGGGAUCAAAAUUAAUUGGAAGAACGUCACAAACUGCGAAGGAAUGCACUGCCCCAGAGGCUCGGACUAUACACCAUGUGGGCCCCCAUGCCGGCGGACAUGCAAGAACCACCAUCUCGAGCGGCCCUGCCGACGGAAGUGUCAGCCCGGGUGUCAAUGCAAGCCAGGCCUCGUCUGGUACAGGGAUCACUGCGUUCCACCCAGCGAGUGUCCUGUGGCCUCGUGAUGGGCCAGCUGCCUGGUCAGCAAACCCCCCCUUCACCCCACUCCGACCCUGCCCCCGCCGAGGCCUGUGCACCAUCCCGAGCCACGCCCACUCGACCGCAAGCUAGAUUCAAUCACAGGCUGUGCAAACACAUACCCUGCUUAUGGCUUUGACUUGGAAUGCAAGUUGACGCAUUAAUGGGAUACAAGAGUAGUGCAGGUGCCAGUGUUCUUGGAUAGAACGCUGCCCCACAUCUGGUUGUUUGUAAUGCACGCAACGAGGUUCCCGUUUAUUGUACCGAUACUGGGCAGCACAGUGCGCUCCUUGACUGCGGAAUAUGCUGCAUAAAUGGGCAACAUUCCAUCGACACUAUUCAUUCGAUGUGCUGACAAUGUUUUCUCCAAAAUAACCACACCAAAAUUUACGUAAACAUUACCUUGUAUAAAAAUUUCGAACUACACAGACACCAUCUAAAAUUAUUCCAGCAAUACCUCUAAGACGGCAAGACAACAUCAAGAAAAAAAGCUACAGUAAAUUAGAUUGUCGUAAUUUAGUGUCCAUUUCCAUCUAGUUUGCAAGCGGUCAUGGUAGUCAAGUAAUUCAUGUUCCACAAACCAAUCGUUGUUUAGAGAGAAGUGGAGGGAGGCAAGAAGUGCUGUGUGGCGUGGCUGCUGUUGGUCUUACAACUUAGUAGCAGGUUCAAGCCUCGGUGGGGCAGUCAUAGUCUGUUGUUUGGUUCCUAUCAUUUCAACAAAGGUGUGUCCAGGUCCAAUGCGAAAACAUCAGGUCUGACCGCAUUCAGACAUUGGCAUCAGCAUUCUGGUCCAAUCGACUCGGAGCAGCUUAGCUUGUUAUUCACGUUCCGAGCCUGUUGAUAUUUAUGUCUGUCGAAAGCUGUGUACUUGCACUGUUCUAUGUGCUAUUUGUUCUUAUUGUACCUCAUCAAAUGUCAUGUGUGUUCGUGGUUGGCUAGUAGCCGUUAACAUGUGUACUAAGAUUUAAGCUACCAUACGUCAUUUGUUUCAUACUUGCACAUUCAGUUUCGAUGACCAUUAUUGCUUGUAGCAUUUGUUCAGUCUUGCAUAAGUUCCAAAACAAAAGCUGUAAAUAUAGGCGAGGCAAAUAUCAACAGAUUAUAAGAUCAUGUUUCAUUCUACAAGCCCUGUGUUCCCUCUCUGCUUUUAUGUCUCUCUGAACCUUCGUGGUCCGCUCACACACAUGAAAGAUCUGAGCUAUAGUAUCCACAAGACAUUGUUUUGUGUUCACCAUUCCUGUUUUAUUAUGCACCUAGGUGAUGCUAGUAAGUGUAU